GCUACCGGGCGGCAGGGUCGCUGGUCUCUCCUCGCCGGGGCGGGGGAGCCGGCUGGGCGGUCCCAGCCGCUCCGCUUGCCCUUAGGGAGCCACCACCCCUCCAAGCCCCGCGGUCCUUACCGGGAGGCUGCGGCAGGGUGGGCCGGGUCAUAGCGGUUUGAAUGGCACUGCUUGUUGGGCCUGCUCCGAUUCCUUACAGAUCAGUACAGCUAAAUAUGAGGCGAUCAGCAGCUCCAAGUCAAGUGCUAGGAAAUGUAGCCAAAAAGCCAAGGUUUAUACCACCAGGAAAAAUUAAAACAGUUUGUCUCAAGAACGAAACCAAGGAGAUGGACCAAGAAAUGAAAUUAAAUGAGAUGGAUGAGAAAGAGGGAAGUGCUUCAUUACUUUCUAAAAUAUAUAGCCAGAAUCAAAAUGCAAAUUUUACACAGUCUGUGGAGUCAACUGGAGAAGUAAAGACUACAAAAGCAUGUUUCAGUGCUAAUAAGUAUAGCAAGGUGGAAAUGAAAAUGCUAAAUAUGCCCAAAGCUGAUGCACUGUAUUUGCCAACAUCAGGGACAGCAAAGGAAGAAGCAGUUCAGGAAGAACCUGACUGCCUUGCAAAAUAUUUCAGUGUUGUGUGGUGUAAGGCAUCAAAGAAAAAGCACAAGAAGUGGGAAGGCGAUGCUGUUCUUAUUACAAAAGGAAAGUCAGUAAUACUGAAAGAUAUGGAAGGCAAAGACAUUGGAAGAGGUACUGGAUAUAAAUCUAAAGAGCUAGACAGUCUUGAUGAAGGUCAAACACUGAUGAUUGGAGGAAAAGAAAUUGAAGUGAUGGGUGUAAUUUCAGCAGAUGACUUCAGCAGUGGCAGGUGCUUUCAGGCUGGAAUAGGGACUCAUGACACAGUCCCAACUGCUUUAUCUCAAACUAAUAUGAAACCAUUCUGUAAACCAUUCAAAAGUGUCUGCCAACCCAGUUCUAAAGAGAAUGUGCUCAAAGAUUCUCAAAGCUACAAACCUCGCCACGAUCCAAAUGCUUCAAAUUCUCUAGUUAUGCCAAGACCAAAUGCAAGUCAUCAGAGGAUGUUCAAUAAGGCUGGUUUACCUAUGGUGGAUGUAGUUGUGGAUCCUUACAUUGCAAAUAAUCUCCGACCACAUCAGAAAGAAGGAAUUGUAUUUCUAUAUGAAUGUGUAAUGGGAAUGAGAGUCAGUGGCAGAUUUGGAGCUAUUCUUGCUGAUGAAAUGGGCUUAGGGAAAACACUGCAGUGCAUUGCACUUGUCUGGACUCUUCUGCGUCAAGGGGUCUACGGAUGCAAACCUGUACUAAAGCGAGCACUGAUUGUCACCCCUGGGAGUCUGGUAAAAAACUGGAAAAAAGAAUUUCAGAAAUGGUUGGGAAGUGAAAGGAUCAAAGUCUUUACAGUUGAUCAGGACCACAAAGUAGAAGAAUUCAUCGUUUCUCCACUUUAUCCAGUUAUGAUAAUCAGUUAUGAGAUGCUACUGCGAUGUUUGGAUCAAAUUCAGGCUAUAGAAUUUAACCUCCUAAUCUGUGAUGAAGGACAUCGUCUGAAAAAUAGCUCUAUCAAGACAACUACAGCCCUCACUAGUCUGUCUUGUGAGAGGAGAAUUAUCCUUACUGGUACCCCAAUCCAAAAUGACUUGCAAGAAUUUUAUGCAUUAAUAGAGUUUGUGAAUCCAGGAAUUCUUGGUUCUUUAUCCACAUAUAGAAAGAUAUAUGAGGAACCGAUUGUCAGAUCUAGAGAACCUCCAGCAACAAAGGAGGAAAAGGAAUUAGGAGAGAAAAGGGCAGCAGAACUCACACGCCUCACUGGACUCUUUAUUCUGAGGAGAACACAGGAGAUUAUAAACAAAUUUUUGCCCCCCAAAACGGAGAGCAUAAUCUUCUGCCGACCAGCAACACUGCAACUUGAAUUGUAUCGAAAACUGCUUAGUUCUCAAGUUAUUAGGUCCUGUCUACAAGGCAGGCUAGAAAACAGUCCUCACCUAAUAUGUAUAGGAGCUUUGAAAAAACUUUGCAAUCAUCCGUGCCUUCUGCUUAAAGCUAUAAAGGAAAAAAGCUGUCAUCCUAUGUCUGAUCAAGAUGAGUCCAGCAUCUAUGAAGGUCUAAUUGAUGUCUUUCCACAAGAUUAUACUUCAGACACUUUCUCUGAAACUGAUUCAGGAAAAUUGCAGGUGUUGGUGAAGUUGUUAGCAGCAAUCCAUGAGCUCAACUCUUCUGAAAGAGUUGUACUGGUAUCCAAUUACACUCAGACAUUAAACAUAUUACAAGAGACAUGCAAACGUUAUGGAUACUCUUAUACUAGACUUGAUGGACAUACUCCUGUCUCCCAGAGACAACAGAUUGUUGAUACUUUUAAUAGUAAAUUCAGUCCAGCUUUUAUCUUUUUGCUGAGUUCAAAGGCUGGCGGAGUAGGACUGAAUCUGGUUGGAGCAUCUCAUUUGAUCCUGUAUGAUAUCGACUGGAAUCCAGCUACGGAUAUUCAGGCAAUGGCUAGAGUGUGGAGAGAUGGUCAGAAACAUACUGUAUAUAUCUACAGACUGCUAACCACAGGCUCAAUAGAAGAAAAGAUUUAUCAAAGACAGAUCAGCAAACAAGACCUUUCUGGGGCAGUUGUAGACCUUUCCAAGACAUCUGAACACAUCCAUUUUUCCAUUGAGGAGCUUAGAAAUCUUUUUACUCUUCAUGAAGAUUCCAGCUGUGUUACCCAUGACUUGCUUGAGUGUGACUGUAUGGGAAAGAAAGACCAUCAAAAUCCUUCCUCAGAAAAGCCUUCUGUAUCUAGAAGUUGCCAGCUUGGACAAAACUAUGGGAAACCUAAUUCAAAGAAACCACUCUCUAUGUCACAGUUGAUGCAAUGGAAACAUUUAUCUGGGCAACAUGAGACUCUUGCUGAUCCUUUCCUUGAAAGGAUAAGAGAGAAUGUUUCUUUCAUUUUCCAGAAUGUAACCAAUCCAACUUCCCCCACAUAAUAAAACUUAAGUGUCUUUCCCUA